AUGACGUCGGCGUUAACGCAAACUAUGGUGUGGAUUUCAACAUACUUCAACAUCGAUUCGGUUAAAUACGGUUCCGUAAACCAUUUCGGCCUAUUGUUUUUUGGGCCAUUAAGAUUUUUGAAGCUCACACAGGCCGAAGAAUUACUGAAUAAAAGUUUCGAUCAUCUUUCUGAUGUCCAAACAAUCAUAAUCGAUUUUCUGGAAUGA